UUUUACAAGUGAUUUUUAUAGAUAUACGAUUAUGAAACGAAAAGAUCAUUAAGUUAUUAUUUAUAUACUUCUUAUAGGUAUCAGGCUUCAGUUCUUUGCGGUCGUGUCAACCUGAGAUUGUCGCGAAAAGGAAUACAUAUGUACCUAGUACAUUUUUCUAACACACAUUUACUUUUUUUUACUAUCUUUCUCUGUUUCAUUCUUUCGCCAAACAGUAUAACAGCUGGACAGCAAUUGAUUACGUUAGUAGCUCGGCGAUAGCUCAGCGCGUUGAUGCUUAUUUUUGCUAGUAGGUUUAACUUAUAAAUCAAUAUAUCAUUUUUAAAAUAAAUUAAAUAAAUAAUAUAAGACAAAAGGCAAUAUGAAACAGGAGAUAUAUAUUUAGUAGCAGUAACUUUAUUGAUACUCUUUGUACCCAUAUUUAAACGAGUUAAACGUGUCGAGUAAAGUGCAACAUCAUGGAUGAAUCCUACCUCCAUCAGCUUGUCGCAGAACCUAUAAAAAAUCUUCUUCGAUUACAUCGUAUAAAAGAAUAGAUAGAACAUCAAUACUGCAGAAACAAAAAUCUAAGAUAUUUGAGCAUACAACAAUAAAGGUUCAUCAGCAUGUUGGAGAGUAUGGAGAUAUUUUCCUUUAAGACAUAGAUAAUAAGAUAAAAUGGAUGAAUUCACGAGCAUGUACAAAUCAGGCAUAUAAUCCUACUUCCAUAGAACAUGUGGCUAAUGUGGCCACCCAUGGAAUUUGGAUUGUCCCUUCUAUAAUUGGCAGUUUAGAGCUUUUUCGACGUUCUAUAACAUGGACUCAGUUUGUUUCUGCGUGCGUUUAUGGUACUUCAUUGAUUCUUGUUUUUGUGGUAUCCACAUUUUUCCACAGUGUCCAUUACUGUAAUCAUAACAGACAAUUAAAAGACGCAUUACAUCGCUGUGACCGUGCUAUGAUUUAUAUCUUUAUAGCUGCUAGUUACUUUCCAUGGUUAAAUGUAGAUCAUUUCCCAGGUGAUAAACUACUUUUUAUAAUGAGAUAUGCCGUUUGGAUCAUGGCAAUGUUGGGAAUUCUUUAUCAACAAAUUUUUCAUGAGCGCUAUAAAAUGCUUGAAACUAUUAUGUAUUUGGUCAUAGGUAUUGGUCCAAGCGUAGCAAUUAUUAAUGUUAAUGAUUAUUACAACAUUGCUGAAUUAAAAACAGGAGGAUUUAUUUAUAUUCUGGGCUUAAUAUUUUUUAAAUCAGAUGGUAGAAUACCUUGUGCACAUGCAAUUUGGCAUCUUUUUGUAGCUGCUGCUGCUGGAUUUCAUUAUUAUGCAAUUUUAAAUCAUGUAUUUCCUGCAAUAAGUUCAACAGUCACAAUUGAUCUACCAAGUGUGCCAUCAUUACCCCAUAUAGUACAAUCUCAUUUAGAAAUUUAGGUUUACAUAUAAUAUUUUUGCCAUAUAUUUAUAGUUUUGCAAAAAAGAAAUUAAGAUUUUCAAUGAAAACUCAGUAAAGACUGUAUUUGGUUCCAAUCUUCCAUACAAACAAAGUUUUUAUAGAAAAAUUUGUUGUGAAUAAGUAGACUAAUUAGAAUUCCGAUCUUUCUAUCACUAUAAAGGAUUUUUAUUAUAAAUUACUACAGCCAAAAAUAUGCAGAAUGUAAAUAUAAAACUAGAGUAAAUUUGUAGUAACAGAGUAUUGGAAAUAUGAAUGAUGAAAAAUUAGUAUGAUUUAUAUAAUUUAUAAUUUACAAAAUAUUGAGAAUGUAUUCCUAAUUUAUUUGCUGACAUUGUUUUAUUUAAUAUACAAUAUACGUAAUGGUGAUUGUAAUUUUCAUAUAUUUAUGAUUAAUAUUAUUUAAUAUAUAUAAUUAUAUAGAAAAAAAUUUUUUUAUAAUAAUAUCAAGUUAUGACAUAAAGAGUUGUUUUUCAAUGCAUUAUUUUAAAAAUAGAAUAAACAAUAUGCAAAUUUAUAUAAUUGCUGAUGAAUAGUAACAACUAUUAGUAACAAUAUAAUUUUUCUUAAGUAUGAUUCCUUUUUCACUAUCUAAUGUGCCAAAAUUAAUCUUGUCAUUUUCUUAAUACUAAAUUUGUUCAGUAAAUAACUUUGUAAUGCUAUAGAGCAUUACUGUAAACUUAUAUACACGAAUACAAG